CUCCGGGCGGCCGGAAGCGGAAGUGCUGCGCUCCCGUCCGGCCGGUGCCUGCAACUUUGCCCCGUGAUGUUGUCUCUGGACUUCUUGGACGAUGUUCGGCGGAUGAAUAAGCGGCAGCUGUAUUACCAGGUGCUGAAUUUUGGGAUGAUCGUUUCGUCCGCCCUGAUGAUCUGGAAGGGGCUGAUGGUGGUGACGGGCAGCGAGAGUCCCAUCGUGGUCGUGCUUAGCGGCAGCAUGGAGCCUGCCUUUCACAGGGGGGACCUCCUCUUCUUAACCAAUCGCAUCGAAGAGCCAAUCAGAGUGGGCGAAAUCGUGGUCUUUAGGAUAGAAGGACGGGAGAUCCCAAUUGUGCACCGUGUGCUGAAAAUCCACGAAAAGCAAAACGGAGACAUCAAGUUUUUGACGAAGGGGGACAACAAUGCCGUGGACGACAGAGGACUGUACAAGCAGGGCCAGCACUGGCUGGAGAAGAAAGAUGUGGUGGGGAGAGCGAGAGGAUUUGUGCCAUAUAUUGGAAUAGUGACCAUCUUAAUGAACGAUUACCCCAAAUUCAAGUACACCGUCCUCUUUCUAUUGGGCUUGUUUGUGCUGGUCCAUCGGGAGUAGUUCGGGUGUCACAGAGGCCAUGUCAAGAUGCCGAGUAGCCAGUGGGGUGUGACGUGUGUACGUUUCGCUGCUUAUUAACUGAAUUGGGUUUGGCUUCUGGUUUUGUUUUUCUACUGCUGUGUAACGAGAAGGUUGAUCCCCCCCCAGUAUUUUGAACCAGUUUGUCAUACUUUAGCCUUUUUGUACAUCAAGUGAAUUUUUAUAUUAAAAGUUUGAAGUCAAAGCA